UCCGACAUUUUCUCUUACGGCGUAGGUAUGCGAGUAGGAGGCGGACCAGACAGAUGGAGUACUCCACCAAAACUCUUGCUGCUGGCUGCUUUGGGAAGAUCUACAGGGAGAAGUACAAUGACACCUGGGCUGCAAUUAAGAAGGUGCCACAACACUUAAUCAAUAGGAGAGACCUGGAGAGAGAGUGUCAAGUAUACAAUAAGGCAAUUCAUCCUAACAUAGUGAAGCUUCUGGGUAAUCCAACACUCAAGGACUCUAAGUGGAUCAUCCCCAUGGAGUUCAUCUUUGGAGAAGAACUGGAGACAACCAUCUUCAAAUCACAACAAUCUCAAAUACAGUUAACUCCAUCUGUAAAGGCCACCAUCAUCACAGGCAUGUGUGAAGGACUACUUCACCUACACAGCAAAGAUAUCGUCCAUCAGGACCUCAAGCCUGAGAACAUCAUGGUAGAGCAUGACACUCACCGAGCUGUGAUCAUUGAUAUGGGACUGGCCAAAUUCUUCCGCAAUGGCCUAAAUUCUGCUGUGGAUAUGGGCAACGAGGCCUACUCUUCCCCUGAGGUCCUGCAGAGGCGGGGCCAACGAGACCAGCGUUCAGACAUGUGGGCUAUGGGUAAAAUCAUUGCUGAACUCUGUGCCAGAGUCAGGCUGCACACCCCUAGUGUCUGUCCGGCUAUGAUCUAUGAGAUCCUCAGUCUCCAAGGACAGCAGUACUGUAAUGCUGUCUGUAGGAUGGUGCAGAGCGACCCCACAGUGCGAGCCACCAUGGCCGGGAUCAUGCCAGAGAUGCGAAGGGCAGGGGGAGGUGGCAACACCGGGGAGCAACAAAGAGGACAUCUUCCGACACCCUUUCCUCACACUGAGGUAAAAGACCCAUCGCCACGUCCUCAUGCUCCCCGCUAUCAAGAGCUGAGUGCACAGCCUUGCCAAAGAUUGAGGUCAAGACGACACUGCAACCACAACCCAUACAGCUCACCUUCCCCGGCAAGAUGGGAGCAUGCAGCCUUGCCAAUGACUGAGGUCAAGAUGACACUGCAACCACAACCCGUACAGCGGUCACCUUCCCCGGCAAGAUGGGAGCAUGCAGCCUUGCCAAUGACUGAGGUCAAGACGACACUGCAACCACAACCUGUACAGCGGUCACCUUCCCCGGCAAGAUGGGAGCAUGCAGCCUUGCCAAUGACUGAGGUCAAGACGACACUGCAACCACAACCUGUACAGCGGUCACCUUCCCCGGCAAGAUGGGAGCAUGCAGCCUCUCCAAAGCCUGAAGUCAAGAACUCACCAUCUCCCCUUCCAAAGGUAGACCAGGGUAAUGCACUGGUGGUUCCAUCAGGCAUGGUUCAACCCAGUCAAGAUGUCAUGAAACAACUUCUCUUCAAAGAGGCCCCAAAGGGUCUCCCAUGCCCACUCCCCACAACGGGAAAGGUGCGAAUCCGCCGCUAUGAGCAAAGGAAUGGGGAAGUGGAGACUUGGGAGCAAAAUGAGGUAGAGACUGAAGGAGGGAGGAUAGUCAAGUUUGAGAAUGUGAUGUUUAACAACAAGUCAUAAGUAGGUUAUUGAGAGGUUGUGAAAUAGUUGGGAAUUGAUUUGACUCUGCUUCUGAAAUAGUUGGGAGUUGAUUUGACUCUGGUCACUCUCCUUCCAUCCUUCAUUGUAAAAUUCUGACAUGUUUAUGGAGAGGGGGAGAGUAUAUUUGGGAGGUGGGAUAAACUAAUGGAAGAAUUCUAAUGUCCAGUGAAACUAUACCGGACGUACUGUGCCUAAAAACAAAGCGACACAAUAUCCCACUACGUGAGACCAAAAUAUAUAUAUAUAUUAACAACAAAAGUUGUCUUGCACUGGUAAGUAGGAAACCUUGGAGUGUGUUAAGGUUGAGUAAGGAUUUAGGGAUGAUCUUGAAAGUACUAUCACUUCUUCUAAUGCUACAUCAUGUUACAAUGUUGCUCAUCUGUUUAAGUGACAGUGUACAGAGGCACCUGGAAUCAAGUAACUAUCUUUGAAUGGUUUUGAAACCUUUUUGUUUUGGGAAACUUAUCCCUGUUUGCUAAUCAGUUGUCUCUUUAGCUCUAUAUCAUACAUUUGACUGUGUACAUACAGUACCAGUCAAAAGUUUUGGGCACACCUACUCAUUCCAGGGUUUUCCUUCAUUUGUACUAUUUUCGACAUCGUAGAAUAAUAGUGAAGACAUCAACACUACGAAAUAACACAUGGAAUUAUGUAGUAACCAAAAAAGUGUUCGACAAAUCAAAAUAUAUUUUACCUUUAAGAUUCUUCAAAGUAGCAAAGCGCA